AAUAAGAAUAUUGUUGAAAAAGACACGAAGGUGGAAUACCAACUACAAUUCCCAACCAACAUGGCCGCAUGUCGUUCGUGCAGUGCUCUGUUGUGCUUGUGUCUCUGAAUUAAAAUUUUCACUCAAAAAAAUAUACCAACAAAACACAAAACCAAUUUUCAAAUCCAAAACUGAUACGUAAAGCAAAAGACGAAAAAAAAAAUUUCUCAAAGCUAAAAAUAAAAAAUUUCUUCUAAAAGAGCAAAACUGCAAAAUUUUACCCGAAUCACUUUAAAAAAAAAUCACAUAAUAAAGAAAAAAUCACUGGAAUAACAAUAUCUACAACGGAACUGUGAGGAACGGAAGGGAAAAAAAUAAAGAGCUGUGUGGAGGAAGCACGACGUGAAGCCAAAAGUAUAUAAGAGUUUUAGUUUGUAAAAAAAAAACGGAAGAAAAAAAUCUAAAUCGAUAAUUUUGCCAUUGUGUAGUCCCCUCGUUCACUUUUCUGCAGCAACAAAUAAAAAAUCGCGAGCCACACGGAGACGAAGAAAGUGCUGUGAGACUCCGCUAGAGCGCCCCCUCACGCAAACACUAGGUGCGCGCGCCCCCCUCCAAUGAGGACGGAGACAAGUGUGGCUUUCCGGAAAACCCCGCCCCCUAUCUAAAAAAAAACACAAAAUAAACAAUCUGUGAGCUAGCAAAAAAAAAAGUGUGAAAGAGAAUCCCUGCAAUUGAGAGCGAAUGAGAGAGAGAUAAAAGAUUAAAAAUAAUUAAAAGAAAAAAUAGUAUAUUAAAUUUAAAUUUAAAAAAAAAUCUACAAAGUAGAGAAAUCGUAAAUUGCAAGACUAAAUAAUUGUGUUAAUUAUACAAGAAAAAAAAACAUUUAUAGAAAGAAGAAAAAAAGAAUAAUAGAAACGCGAAGAUUAAAGAAAAAAUAAAUAAAAGUGAAUAUUGGCCCCAUGUGGCUCAACAACGAGUACAAUAAGUUUUUAUUUACUAUCCAAUAUUAGUUCUCAUAAUAAACAAAAAAAAACGUAUUUUCUGCUUUUCCAAAUAAUUAAUAAAAAAAACAAGAAAUUAGUAAAAAAAAAUCAUUAAAAAAAACUAUCAACCAUCCUGCAACCGAGUUGAAUUUAACGUGUGAUACUUCGCCGAAACUUUAAAAAAAAAUCAUCAUCACCUGUAUAAAUUACGAAUUUAUUCCACAAAAAGACUCUCUCUCUCUCUUAGGAUUUAAAGGAACAACAAAAAAAGUUAAAUAAAAAAGGAAGAAUAGGGCGGAAGAAAGGGGUGUAAGCCAUAAUCCUCAUUGUGCCAUCGUUUGGGCGCUUUCGGGGGUAAAGAAAAAAAAACCUUUAAAAAAACCCCUUGGGGGCACACAAAGAACUUCUUCACAGGUGUUGUGUCCAAUAUUUGUGGCAAAAUUAACAAACAACAAAAAAAAGAAUAUAGUUGCAGACAAAAAGGGGACAGGCAUUUGGAUAAAAUCACAAGUUUAAACAACUCAGCACGCAUUGACGACAUUCAAUCAACUAUAAAAUUUAAAAAAAAUCAUUUAAAUUAACGGAAAAUUCUUCUAAAAAACACCCAUAAAAAUUCCUUUCAAUACAAAUAAAAUUUAUUUCAAAAAUUUAUAUUUAAAAUUCUACGCAGGCUUUCUAUCAACAUAAUUUCUACAAUUUAUUCUUCAUUUUUUUUGUAUCUUAUUUUUCAAUUUAUUACAUUAAAAACAAACAACCCAGCUUAGAAUAUAGACGGAAGAAAAAUCAACAUCCCAAGAGCAACAGAACUGUAAUAAAAAAAAAAUAAUAAACUUCAAUUCUUGACUCUAUGGUUAAUCUUUAAAGGAAAAAAAAUCAUUUAGAAAGUAAUAAGAAAAAGUAUAUUCAUAAAAAAGAGUGGACAUUAAAAAAACACAUACACACAUUUAAAAGAAAAAAAAAACCGAAACACCCGUAAUUUUAAAAAGAAAUAAUAAAAAAAAUCAAGAAAAUAAAAAAAAACUUAGAAUAUAAAACACAAGUGAAACUAAAAAUAGUCAACGGAUAUAUAGUGAACAAGAAGUAAAAAAAUAUAUAUAUAUUAGUGAACGUUAGAGUAAAUUGAUGAAUUACACAAGUGCAAAGCAAAGACAACAGAAAUCCUGUAACCAAAAAUAAAAGAAAAAAAGAGGAGAUAAAAAGUGAAGCGAAGGACUUGUUAGUUAAGGAAACAGAAACAAAAGUGAUUUCUUAGUGACUUCUUUUGAAAUAAAAAAAAAUAAAGGAAAAAACGCGGAGAGACAUUAGCGGUGAAAGGACUUUAAAGAAAUAAGCGGUCUUUGAAGUAUUGUUCAGUCGACCCUAUAUAGGAAUUUCAGCAUCCACUUUAUUCUUCCUUUUUUAUUUCUUCAUCAAUUUCUUUGGUUUUAAAUAAUAAAACAAAUUAAAAUUAAAUAAAUAAAAUCUUGUGUGGAACUGAUAAUUUACAUUAAAAAAAAAAGAAUUAUACAGUGUUUAAUAAAAAAAAAAUUGUGUGUGUGUGUGCGAAUCAAAUUGUGAUGGACACUGGAAAUCAACCAAAAAAAUCAACAGCAACGUCGUGAAUAUUUUUUUCUUCAUCAUUUCAUCGUAUCUACUCAGUCAAGUACAAAGAAAAAUAAGAAAAACUGCAAGACUCCAAUAUAUUUGAAGCCCCCCGAUCCUCUACAGAGGACAGCGAUUCCACACACAAACCUUAAAGAAAAAUCACACACUACUAAAUAAUUAAUUUAGAAACAAAAGGUAAUCACAUCCCCCUGCGCAUCUCUUAUCACUUCCAAUAUAUCGACAUAAUUCUAAUUUAGCUGCUUAAAAAAAAAACAAGAACAAAAUAUAAAGAAAUACCAGUAAAAGUGUGAACCAAUAACAAACUAGAAAUUAUAAUUAAUUAAAAAGAAAUUCACUAAAAAAUAAGAAAUAUAAAAAAAUAAUAAUAAAAAAAGAGGAAAAAGGUGAAGAGACAUUUGCAUUGAAGUAUAAAAAGAAGAAACUUGAAGAUAUAUUAUAAAAUGGAAAAUUUUUAAAACAAAAAAAGAAAAAACAUUUCUGUGAUAUAUAUUAAUAAUUGUAUGAUAUAUAAAUACAUGUUAUCGGUUGAGUCUUUUCUAAAAAAAACAUGAAUAAAUACUAAAAGAAACAAAGUGAAUUAAGUAAAAAAAAAAAAACAAGAAACUGCAAACAAGAAAUGAACUCUAGAGGACUUUGAAGUAAUUAAUAAUAAAAAAAAAAACAAAUAUUAAGUGUGUAAAAAAAACAGUGAAAUAUUGAAAAGACUUUUUUUUUAAUUUAGUCGUGAAGACGUAGUGAAACUUUAAGUGUUCCGGCUAAACCACGACUUUUAAAACUACAGAGGGAUUCUUCGAAAAUCAAUCAAUAUACUUUAAUUAUACUCCUUAAAUUUUUUUUCGUUAAAAAGUCGUUUAUUUGAAAAAAAAUUUCAUAAAAAUUAUUGAAAAAUUAAAGAUUAUUAAAAAAAACAAAUCUCGUAUUAUUGCGGCCAAAAAAAAAAAAACGUGUUGCGCUGUGAAGCGGGGAACACUGAGAAACGAAGUUAAACCUUACUAAAAAAAAAAGAAACUUAUGAAUUAAAAAAAAUAUUGCGAUAGACUCAUUUUUUUUUUGGACAAUAUUUCCUUUUUAAAUAAUUUUUAUUGGUGAAAUAAGCGCCGCAGAAUUUUUAAAUGCUUCUGUGGAUUAAAUAAUAAUUACCUUAUAAAGAAAGAAAAAAAAAAGAAAUUAAAUAUUGUGAACACUGAAAGAAAAAAAAAUAGUGAAUAAGAAAUUAAAAAAAAAACUAAAUAUUACAUAGGUCAUUGAAAAAAUAAUAAUAAUAAUUGUGAAUUGAAAAGACUUUUUGCUUGGUGUGAUAAAAAGUGAAUAAAUGGUGAAACAGUGAGAUAGAGAAAGAGAAAAUUGAAAGAAAACUAAAAUCCCGUGGAAACUGCCUUUGAAUUGAUUUUGUGACAAAGAAUAAAGAAAAAAGAAGAAAAAAAGGAGAAACCAGGAGAUCGGCUAUCCUUUGACCAAAUAACCCUUUGAGGAAAAAAAAGGAGAUUGGAACCUUUGGAUGCGCAAUGGCGAAGAAUUUUAUUGACAUCAACAAUUCACUUGUAACUGCCCUUGGUGGAGGUGGUGGCAUUGGGCUGCAAUCAUCUGACUUGCAGCUGUUGUCUUCUGUUAAUGGCACUGCCACGGACCACAUGAAUUUGCUGAAUGUGAAGAUACCGAAGUACGCCGCCGGUGGGGCACCAACACUCCCCCUCAAGUCACCCCUAACAGGUCCGGGAAUACGCGGUGGUGGUGUAAAGAGCAGCGAUACGGACUACCGUAACUGGAUGGGUGGGAUGCAGCAGCAACAACCACCCACUGGGAGGUCUAUUGUCAAGCAAAAUAGCCAUAUGAGUGAUGGUGGAAUGGAUUUCCUUCAUUCACGCACCUCCAGUGACUUCUCAAGCGGUGACGUUCAUCGCUUUGGCGGUGGGAACAGCAUGGAUGGUCAGGCUAAUCAUCACUUUCGCAAUGGGGACACGUACGGGCAGCAGAAUGACUUUGGCAGUGACUUCCCACCGUCGCGCGAUAUCUUUGCCCAGGCAGCACGAAAUGCCACAAAUGCAGCCGCAGCAGCUGCUGCAGCCAAUGCCUUUCCACCAAUUGGCACAUUCACGCUGGAUAGCGUCUCAUCGGGGUAUGGGAUGAAUGAAGCCGGUGGACCACCGCAAUCCGGAUCGAUUGGCAUGUUCAAUCCCAGUGGGAAUAAUGGACCAAUGAUGAAUGGAUGUGCUGCACCGCAGACUUAUGGCAACAACAAUGGUGGGGAUGUGAAUCAAGGAAUCCGAGAGACGGGCAUCAUUGAGAAAUUACUGCACUCUUAUGGAUUCAUCCAGUGCUGCGAGAGACAGGCUCGCCUGUUCUUUCACUUCUCCCAGUUCAGUGGUAACAUUGAGCACCUCAAAAUAGGGGAUCCAGUUGAAUUUGAGAUGACCUACGAUCGUCGCACGGGGAAGCCCAUUGCGAGUCUCGUGACGAAAAUUGCCCCGGAAGUGGUGCUUUCGGAGGAACGUGUCACGGGCACGGUGACCACGGAGAUUAAGUCCGACGGGAGCAAUGGUUCGGGGAAUUCGAGUGAGACAACCGGAAGGAUUAGCUAUGAGAACAAUGGGGAAUGCUUCUUUCUGCCAUACACCAAAGACGACGUCGAGGGGAAUGUAACGCUGCGCUCGGGGGAUAAGGUUAGCUUCCAAAUUGCCACGAAUCAGCGGGGGAACUUGGGGGCGUGCCACAUUCGCCUGGAGAACCCGGUGCAUCCGGUGAAGUAUCGCGGGGUUGUUUGUUCAAUGAAGGAAUCUUUUGGAUUCAUUGAACGUGCCGAUGUGGUCAAGGAGAUCUUCUUUCACUUCUCCGAAGCUGAUGGUACCGUUGAACUACGUCCUGGGGAUGAUGUGGAGUUUAUCAUUCAAACGAGAAAUGGAAAGGAAGUUGCGUGCAAUAUAACGCGCCUUCCGCCGGGAUCGGUGAUCUUUGAGGAUGUUGGUACACAAAUCUACAAGGGGCAGGUGCUGAAACCCCUCGAUCGUGCCAAUCCGCUGCGGCACAACAAUGAUCCACUCCCAGGGAGGAUUCGCUAUCGUGCACCGGAUCAUUCGGAGGUGGAGGUGCCAUUUGGGGAUAAAGAUCAAAAGGGGGACUUUACCCUACGCCAUGGGGAUUGGGUGCAAUUCCUCCUGGCCACGGAUCGUCGUGAUCAACUUCAGCGUGCCACGUCCAUUUCACUUUUGGAUGAAACCUUCGAAGUUUCCGGCGAGAAGAGGGAACAAGGUGUUGUGGCUGCACUCAAGGAGGGUUUUGGCUUUCUACGCUGUGUAGAACGCAAUACGCGACUCUUUUUCCACUUUACCGAAGUCCUGGACACCCUCCGUGAAAUUUGCGUUGGAGACGAAGUGGAAUUCACAAUGAUUCAAGAUCCAAAUUCAAGUUUUGCAAAUACACGUCAGAGUGCAAUUCGCAUUAAACACCUUCCGGAGGGAACGGUACAAUUUGAGACGCUAAUUGAGAGCAAUGUUGAAGGUGUGGUGACACGUGAGGCACCAAAGAGUCCCAUUAAAUCCCAAGAGCGCACAGAAGGGGGUGUCAUAAGUUACGGUGUGGCAGGGAGUAAGAAGACAAUUAUGUACUUCCUCAAGGAUUGCGAUAAACCACCGAGAAUUGGGGAUCAUGUACGUUUCAAUAUUUGUCAAGUGAAGAGGAAUAAGGAAUUAAUUGCCGUGAAUAUUAAGGAGAUUCUCCCGAAUUCGGCGAAUGUUGUGACAAUUGGUGGCAGCGGUGGGAUUCAAUCGGGAAUUUCAGUUGUAACAUCAAUGCAACAAAAUACAAUUGCCAAUGGGCAGGUAAAUUCCCUAAGUGGUGGUAUUGCGCAGAAAAUGAGCCCAAAUAGUUCAGCAAAGAACAAUAACAAUGGCAAUGGGAGCAAAGGUCCCGUCUUUUAUGGAUUUAUUGCUGUUCUCAAGGAGAAUUUUGGCUUCAUUGAAACUCUCGACCACGAUGAGGAGGUUUUCUUUCACUUCAGCAACUUCUAUGGGAAUACAAAUAAUUUGGAAUUGGGCCAUGAAGUUGAGUACACCCUGUCGACACGUGGUACAGCCACAAGCGGCGGUAAUUGCCUACCGGCUGAAAAUGUAAAAAUUGUGCCAAAAGGUACGAUAAAUCAGCCAAAGGUGCACGAUGCGGUCUACAAUGGGGUGGUAGCACGUCCAUUAAGGUGCAUUAAUCCCGACCAAGCGGAAUAUUGUGGUGUUAUAAAUUUGAUAAGUGAUGCCGGAGAUGUUGUUUCCACGCAUGAAUUUGGCAUAACAAGUUUGGUCAAUAAGCGCGAUUUACUGCAGAAGAAUGAUGCAGUUUCAUUUAAAUUGGACACAAAGGGACGUGCGGCUGAGGUGAUUGCUGUGCGACAGAAGAAACGUGCCAAUGUGGACUCAAUUAAGGGACAAUUUGGCUUCUUGGACUUUGAAGUUGAGGAAGGAAAGAAGCUCUUCUUCCACAUGUCGGAGGUUCAGGGGAAUUCCAAUAGUCUCCAUCAGGGUGACACUGUGGAAUUUUCAAUUGUCACCAAUCAGCGCAAUGGAAAAUCAUCGGCAUGCAAUGUUGUAAAAGUCGUGGAUAAUACGCAAGCGCGUCCGGAGAGACUUCUAUCGCGCCUAAAGAUCAACUCGGUGGAUGAGAGUGUGCCGCGUCUUAUUGUUAUACGCCCACCAAAGGGCCCCGAUGGCACCAAAGGAUUUGCACUUCAUCAUCGGAAUCCGCGGAUUGCAGGCAUUUUUGUGGAAUAAAUCCGCUCUGAAUGGCAAGUAAAAGUUGUGCAGAAAAGAGAAAAGGAGGAAGGAAGUUUGAGCGAGAGAGAGAGAGGGAUGCUUUUUGGACAUUUAAUUUUGCUUUAAAGAAACGAAACUUGAAUUAAUAAAAAAAAAGAAACUGACCCCAGAGGAUUUACAUUAUAUACACACAUACAUACACAUUAUAUACAUACAUAUAUCAUUUUAUUGAGUUUUUGUAGGAAUGAAAAGCACAUGAAAUGAGGAUGAAAAGAAAAAGACAUCUUUGUAAUAAAAAAAAAAUAUGAAAACUUUGACAAGCAUUUCACAAAAUAAUUUUUUUUUCAUUUAGCGACCGUGAAAUUUAACAAAAGAUUCUCCGAGAGAAUAAUAAAUAAAGAGAAAUAAUAAAAAAAAAAUGAAAUUCAAUUUAUAACUUUAAUCCACACUUCCCUACUUAACCUAAAGAUGCAAAAGAAAAAAAUUCAUGAAGUAAAAAUGCAACAGUAGAUGAGGAAUAAAAAAUAAAUAAAGAAAAAGAAUAAAACUGAGAAAUAUCUAAUUAAAAAAAUAAUAUUAUAUUUUAAAAUAUUUCUUUCUCUUUAUUUUUAUGAAGAGCAAAAAAUUAUUUUCAAUGAAAAAAAAAAACAAAAGAUAAAGAAAUUGAAAAGAAAGAAAGAUAUAAAAUAGAAAUCACAUAAAAAGUCAAAAAAUAAUAAAAAAUGCAUCAUCAACUUGAAAAAAAAUAGGUUUUGUCCGUAAUCUUGAAAAUAAAAGAAGAAGAAAAAACAUUUAAGGGAAAUGAAAACUUUUAAUUUUAUGAAUUUAUAUAUACACUCUUAAAAAAAAUAUACAAAAAAAGUGAAAAUCUUUACAAAAAAAAACUUUAAAAAUAUAUUAUUAAAAAAAAAAACUUGAUAAAAAACAAAAUUCUAAUUAAUUGACCAAAAUACAUAACACAUAAAAGAAAUGAGAAAAAAAAUGAAUUACCUUACAAUAAAAGAAUGAAAGAAAAAAAAGUAAUUAUAAAAUGAUGAAGAAAUAAAAGAAGAUGAAAUUAAGAAAAAGAAAUUGAAAGUAAUUUACUCAAAAAAAAAGUACGUAAAUUAUUUUUAUGAUUUUUUUUCUAUUAUAUACUUGAAAAGAAAAGAAAAAUAAUAGAAAUAUCGUGUGGAAGAGGAAACGUGGAAGAUACCAAACAAAAAAAAAUGAUAAAAAUGCAACAUUUAUGCGAUAGAUUGAAACUGAAUUUAUGCGUUUAAAAUGAAUGAAAAAAAAACAUAAAAUGAUAAGAAACAAUGGAACUGUGUAAGUGAAAAAAAAAUGCUACGCAUGAAAUUAAAAAAAAAAAAGAACUCAAGCAUUGCAACGUAAUAAAAAAAAUUAAAAAAAAAGAAUAAAAAAACAAAGAAAAAGAUGAAACAUUUAAGAUGAUAAACUUACAAAGAACAAAAUAAAGUACUGUGGAAUAUUUAUAAA